AUGAUAAGUAGAGAAUUUUGUGAUGCAGUGAGAGCUAAUCCUUCUACGAGUAUUGCGAUACUUCGAGAUUUGAUCAAGGAAAAAUUUGGAUAUCAUGUUCCUUAUAGGAGGGUCUGGGAAGGAAAAACAAAAGCUUUGGCUCGUAUUUUUGGUGACUGGGAUGAGUCAUAUCAACUUUUGCCAAAGUGGAUGUACAUGUUGAAACACACUAAUCCAGGAACAAUUGUUGAAUGGAAAAUUAGGAACUAUGGACAACCGGGUCAUGACAUUCUUCAUUCUGUAUUUUGGUCAUUCGGUCCUUGCAUUGCAGCCUCUCAAAAGUUUUGCCUCGUGCUUCAAAUAGAUGGUACUCACCUUUACGAAAAGUAUAAGGGGAACCUAUUGAUUGUAACAUCAGUCGAUUCAAAUGGACAUUUGUUACCUCUUGUUUUUGCCAUUAUAGACGAAGAGAGUCGUCAGACCUGGGGAUGGUUUUUAAAAAACCUAAGAAAAGUUGUUACGCAUGAAGAGAUAUGUUUAAUUUCAGAUCGACAUGGUGGUAUUAUCUCUACGGUUAAUAAUUCAGAUAAUGGUUGGACUAGACCUAAAUCGCAUCACAGAUUCUGUCUACGACAUGUUUCUAGCAACUUCAACCAUAAAUACAAGUGUACCGAAUUGAAAGAUUCUGUAUAUCGUGCCGGUGCUCAAUUCCAAAUUCGAAAGUAUAACGAGGUGGAAAAUAUUAAAUUACUGAAUAGCUCUUGUAUGAAUUUCUUCCGCAACAUUGGGAUUGAGAAGUGGACCCUGUCACAUGAUGGUUGA